UGUGUCGAUUUAGAAACCAUAUAACUAGCUAAUAAAAACCCGAACCCGACCCGGCUGGUCUAUUCACGCUCACUCAACCUCAUUCAGCGGACCCAAAUCAAAUUCAAAACCCUAUGAAUCAGGGUUCGUUAGGGUUUUAGUUUUACCUCAUGUGGCGCGGUGCCAGAGCUGGUUCCCGUUGCCUCCACCGUUUCUCGACGGCGGUGCGGCGGCGCGCGGAGGACGAAGGUGACUGGCUCUUCUCUUCCGAGUGGUGGGGAUCCGCCCCCGACGACGGCAACACAGUUCUCCGAUCAACUUCCGGCAUGGGAAACGGCGUCGUUUCGGUCGUUGCACAUCCCUCCUCAAGACCCAGUAGGAUGCAUUGGUCAAAAAUGGAAAGAUGGCUGCAGCAGAGGUGUGAGGAGGUGCAUUCUGGAUAUGGGGAUGGAGGGAAUCUGAGGAUACUUGGAUAUCAAUGGCGGGUGCUUCGUUUCAAUGAUGUUACUCGACAGAGCACAGCAAAAGUAAUGCUUUCUUACCGUGAAAACAAACCGGGUUCUGUCUAUAUCACGCAGCAACCACAUUGCUUGGCCGUGCCAUAUGUGAAGAGUAUGAUAUCAGCUGGUUUGACUACCGUAGCCUCGUGUAAUUUUGAUAUUACCAGUGCACUGCAAGGAAAGAAAAAUAUGCACAUUUUAUGCAUUGGACAUGGUGGGGGAAGUUUACCACUGUUUUUGGCGAGUAAAAUCCGAGGUGCCGUUGUCCAUAUAGUUGAAAUUGAUCCCCUUGUUAUCUCAGCCUCAAUUCGUGCUAUGGGGUUCCCGGCCUUCUCACUCAUGACACAAACGGGUGACCGGGCUUUUGCAAAACCUGGUAUCAUAGAUGAAAUUAUGUGGAAAGGCAUUCAUGAAAGGAUUCAUCUUUAUGAAGCAGAUGCUGAGCAAUUUAUUAUUAAUAAUACCGAUCUAUAUGAUAUGAUCUUUGUUGAUGCUUAUGAUGGUGAUGAUAUAUUUCCCCACAAGUUAUGGGACCCAGAUUCACCAUUUCUUAAAGCCCUAAGUAAUCAACUUCAUCCCAAACAUGGCACUGUUGUGGUGAACCUGCAUUCUGACUCUGAUAUCUUCAAUGAUGAUGGAUAUGUUCCAUCUGUGCUCGAACAAAACUUACCAAUGGGAAAGUAUGUGUCUCAUGUUUGCCAAGCGUACAAAAACGUGCUAGUAGGAAAUGGAGGUUCUGGCCUUGCUUUUACUGUUGCAGUUCCUUGGGUCUAUAAUACGUCUCUGAUUGUGUGUAGAGGUUUUGGUAGAGAUAAUGAGUAUUUUAACCGGGACUUGGUUCUUAACACCCUCAUUUCUAAAUCCCUUGAACUAGAACAAGUUAUGGACUUGCCAUUCCCAUGUUUGGAAUACAUAAAGAAAGGUUUUAUUCUUGUUGACUAACUUGAUUAUCCCCAUGUACAUUUAGACCCAUUGCUAUGAAACUUUUUUCCCUUCUAUGCUCGACUAUUAACGGAAACAUUUUAACUGGGUUCACUC